AGGGGGGGAGUGAGUAUGGGGUUGCCCCUUUGCUAACAUGCAGUAGUAGAAGAUUCAGCUGCCAGCGCAACUGUCAAGUCAAGACGGACUCAGAAGAGGAGAUGAACACCUCCUGGAACUGUGUGUUCACAUUUUAUUCUCCAGAGCUCUGUGUGGAUCUAUGAUUUUUUACUCUCAAAGCUCUUGCACUGAAAUUGCAAGACUCUAAAUCUGUCUGUCUGCCUUUUAUGAGCUUGAUUAAAUGAUAAAGUGAGAGGAGGACACCCAAAUGGACCAAGGAGGGAUUUCUUAAGUGCUCUGCUUUUCAAAGAAGAUUUUUUUUCCAUCAAGCUGUAUUCUGGACUUGCAUUUACUUCUGAGAAUCUGAGGUCUGUAGUGAUUGCAUGUUUGUUUCUCUUAUCUUCUGACGCGAUGAUGCUGCAAGGAUGUUUUUGAAUUCGGACUUCAUUUGAGAGGAUUUUGUCUUCACCUGAUCAGCUGUUCAUUGCUGUUUGAAUACGUCCUGAUCAGUCCUCCCACCUCUCUACCUUCCUUGAUUUGUUCUGGACAUUAUGAGCAUCACUUGCUUAAGGAAACUGGUCAGUGAUUUGUAAAAGAGGCACAGAGUGUACUGCUGAAUUUUGAGCCUAAACUAUCUCACGCCCCGCAGGAGAUCUUCAGCCGCCGUUCCGCUUCUGGGAGUUUGCUCCACCUGAUCAAGCAAGUGGACAGUUUGAUUAAAGUCCAUUAGGACAGACGUCCGGAGGCGAGAAUGCAGGUGUCUUUAGUGUGCACGGACCACCGUGGGGGGGUAAGCCGGAACACGGAGGAUCGGCUUAAUAGACAGAAUGCAAACAGCCCCAACACAGGCACACGCAGCAAGUUUAGGGCUGUGGCUAUGGUGGCUCGCAGUCUCGGACAGCUGUCGGUUCAGAGCGUGCCUUCAUCCAGUGAGCAAAGCAUGAAGACUGGCAUGAAGUAUAGAAACCUCGGGAAGUCAGGCCUGCGGGUGUCCUGCCUUGGAUUAGGAACAUGGGUGACAUUCGGAGGACAGAUAACGGACGAGAUGGCAGAGCAGCUGAUGACUCUCGCCUAUGAAAAUGGCAUCAAUCUGUUUGACACAGCGGAGGUCUAUGCUGCUGGGAAGGCAGAGGUGGUGCUGGGAAACAUCAUAAAGAAGAAAGGAUGGAGACGUUCAAGUCUGGUGAUAACAACAAAGAUCUUCUGGGGCGGAAAGGCGGAGACCGAAAGAGGUUUAUCCAGAAAACACAUUAUAGAAGGUUUAAAAGCAUCUCUAGAAAGACUGCAGUUAGACUACGUGGAUGUGGUUUUUGCAAACAGACCGGACCCUAAUACACCGAUGGAAGAAACGGUCCGAGCAAUGACCCAUGUGAUAAACCAAGGCAUGGCGAUGUACUGGGGAACAUCUCGUUGGAGUCCAAUGGAGAUAAUGGAAGCGUACUCUGUGGCACGACAGUUCAACCAGAUUCCUCCCAUCUGUGAGCAGGCUGAGUAUCACAUGUUCCAGAGAGAGAAGGUGGAGGUACAGCUACCUGAGCUCUUCCAUAAGAUAGGUGUGGGGGCCAUGACGUGGUCACCCCUGGCCUGUGGGAUCAUCUCAGGGAAAUACGACGGCAGGGUGCCUCCCUACUCUCGGGCUUCUCUGAAGGGUUACCAGUGGUUGAAGGACAAGAUCUUGAGUGAGGAGGGCCGGCGUCAGCAGGCGAAGUUGAAAGAGCUGCAGGCAAUCGCGGAGCGGCUGGGCUGCACUCUGCCCCAACUCGCCAUCGCGUGGUGCCUACGGAACGAGGGGGUGAGCUCUGUGCUUUUAGGGGCGUCCAACACCGACCAGCUGAUGGAGAACAUAGGAGCAAUACAGGUUCUUCCAAAGUUGUCAUCGUCCAUCACGCACGAGGUGGACAGCAUCCUGGGGAACAAGCCGUACAGUAAAAAGGACUACCGCUCCUAACGCGCAGCACAGCCCCGCCCGGCAGGGCUGCACCCCGGGCUGCAGCCGCAGCGCCCCACCUUUGCCUGAUCCUCUGUUUGCUUGAGCUUUUACUGAGUGAGACCCUGGCGCAUGAGUCUGGCCACACCAAGGCCACCCAGGGCACCUCAUUUAGAGUCACGGGGAUAAGAUAAGAAAAAGGGGGAAAAAAAAAUCGAGUCACCUCCACAGGGAAGGAAGGGAUUAACGAAGAAAGACAAAAA